AUGUCUCCCCAACCCUCCUCAGUGACGGCCUUGUCUGCCCCCGGCAAGGUUCUCCUGACCGGCGGCUACCUCGUCCUCGAUCGAGCCUACACGGGCACCGUUUUCGCACUCGAUGCGCGUAUCCACGUUGUCGUCCAGCAGUUGAGGCGGGGACACCGCCGUGGACCUUCCGGGGCCAAUGCAGAUGCGAAAGCAGCCUUGUCCGACGCAGAUGCAGAAGCUGCUAAGCCCGAGGGAGAGGAACAAGAGGCCGAGCACACCGUCGUCGUGCGAUCACCGCAAUUCGUAGAUGCGGUCUGGGAGUACGGUGUGCAACGGUGCGAGAAUGGUGGGGGUGUGAAGGUCAUUCAAAAGAGCAAUGGUGCUCGCAAUCCCUUCGUCGAGACCUCUUUGAGCUAUGCGUUGACCUACAUCAGCUACGUUGCCGACUCCAAAGAUUUCGGCUCCUUGUCGGUUACCAUUUUGGCGGACAAUGACUACUACUCCGAGACAAAAACGUCAAAGGGCGAUGCACAGGGUCGCGCUGGACGCUUCGUCAACUUCGGUGUUCCCCUCUUUGAAGCCCACAAGACGGGUCUGGGUUCAUCCGCCGCCCUCGUUACGGCUCUCGUCUCCUCCCUGGUGAUCCACCGGACUAUGCAAGCAGAUGAUCUGGGUGCUGGACGUGACAAGCUGCACAACCUGGCUCAAGCUGCUCAUUGCGCGGCCCAGGGCAAGGUUGGAUCUGGAUUCGAUGUGGCGGCUGCCGUAUAUGGAUCUUGCCUGUAUAAGCGGUUCUCGCCUGCGAUUCUGGAAUCUGUCGGUGAUGUGGGUACCGCUGGAUUUGACGAGCGAUUGUUUGCAAUUGUCGAGGAUGUGGACCCUAAGCACCCCUGGGACACCGAGUGUGUGGACUUUGGCAUGCAGCUCCCGCGUGGGAUGCAGAUGGUCUUGUGCGACGUUGAAUGCGGCUCUCAGACGCCAUCGAUGGUGAAGAAGGUGCUGCAAUGGAGGAACGAAAACCGCAAGGAGGCCGAUGUCCUCUGGGGAAGCCUUCAGAACAAUAAUGAGCGCCUGCGACAAGAAUUGAAGCGCCUGGCUCAGCGCCCAGACGCCAAUGCGGAUAACGAAUUCUCCGAAAUCACGAGUUUGAUCCAGCGCACCCGGCAUCUCAUUCGUACCAUGACCCGCCAAACGGGCGUUCCCAUCGAGCCUAGUGUGCAGACCGAGCUGCUGGACAGCUUGACCGAGAUCGAUGGUGUUAUCGGAGGUGUCGUGCCCGGUGCUGGCGGAUAUGAUGCCAUUGUGCUGCUGAUUCGCGACGACCCCUCUGUGAUUACGCGAUUGAAUGAGCGAUUUGAGAACUACCAGAGUGCAGUGGAAGACGACUUUGGCGGCAAGAUUGGCAAGGCGCGACUAUUGGGUGUGCGACACGGAUCCGAGGGUGUGAAGAAUGAAAUGCUCGACCAGUAUGCUGGCUGGGUCUAG